CCAAUUUUCUUCUGAGCGUCUGUCAGAGCUCAUUAGGUGUCAAGCGCACUGUCCCAGGCAGAGGGACACUGUUAGGACAUGGCGGGGAGAAAAUCUACUGGUGGACUCGUUCUUCACAUCGUCCUCCUCUUAUGUGGCUCUACCCUUUGCUCGCCCAGAGCAAAACUACCAGACUAUGAUGUCGAUGGUGGAAGGGAUCUCGACAUUUUUGACAUCAACGAAGAGGCAGGCCUGAAUCUUGUGGAGGGAGACAUCGUGCUUGAUGAGACGCAAACACGGAAUUCCAUUAUUGGGGAUCAGUACAGGUGGCCGAAGACGAUCCCAUACUACAUGGAGGAUGACCUGGAGAUCAAUGCCAAAGGUGUGAUUCUGAAGGCCUUCGAGCAGUACCGGCUCAAGACCUGCAUCGACUUCAAGCCUUGGAGCGGAGAGGAAAACUACAUCUCCAUCUUUAAAGGGAGUGGCUGCUUCUCCUCUGUUGGAAACCGUAAAGUUGGGAAGCAGAGAUUGUCAAUAGGGAAAAACUGUGACCGCAUCGCCACCAUCGAACACGAGUUCCUUCACGCUCUUGGUUUCUGGCAUGAGCAGUCCAGGGCCGACCGCGACGAUUACGUCGAAAUCAUGUGGGACCGCAUCUCAGAGGGGAAGGAGCACAACUUUAACACCUACGAUGACACCACCUCAAGCUCCCUGGGCGUGCCCUACGACUACGGAUCCAUGAUGCACUACAGUAAAAACGCCUUCCGCAAUGGCACCGAGCCCACCAUCGUUACCAAGAUCCCCGCUUUCAGUGACGUCAUCGGCCAGCGCAUGGAGUUCAGUGACAGCGACCUGCUCAAGCUGCACCGCCUCUACAACUGCACAAAAGGCUCCACGUUCCUGGACUCAUGUGACUUUGAACGCGAGAACAUCUGCGGUAUGAUCCAGGGCCCGGGGGAUAAGGCAGACUGGAUCAGAGUCUCCACAGCUGCUGGAGGGCCCAGCACCGACUACUCCAACAUGGGCAAAUGCACUGGCUCGGGGUAUUUUAUGCACUUCAACACCGGCACCGCAAACACUGGGGAUACAGCUCUACUGGAGAGCAGGCUUGUUUACCCCAAAAGAGGAUAUCAGUGUCUUCAGUUCUUCUACUACAACAGCGCCGGCCCCAGCGACACACUGAAGAUCUACGUGCGAGAGUACGACAGCGCUAACCUCAGUGGAACACUACGUCUUAUAAAGACCAUAGAUGGAUCCCCUCAGGAGCUUUGGCAGCUGCACCACGUCAGUCUAGACGCCAAAAAGAAAUUCCGCGUUGUCUUCCAAGGGGCCAAAGAGGGUUCGGGGCCCUCGACAGGAGGAAUGUCCCUGGAUGAUAUCAACCUCUCUGAGACCACCUGCCCAGAGUUUGUAUGGCGAGUGAAGAACUUCAGUGAUGUCAUGGAUAAGACCCCGGCAGACACACCUAUCUUCAGCCCCCCGUUCACCUCAAAGGAGGGUUACACCUUCCAAAUGGGGCUCUACCCCAGCGGUAAGGCAGACUACCCUGGUGAGUUGUCGGCCUACGCUCAUCUGGUGGCCCGUGAAGGUGACACCGGACAGACAUGGCCAUGUCCCUGGAAACAGAUCACCAUGAUGCUGAUGGACCAGCACCCACACAUCCAAAAGCGCAUGUCUAACCAGCGCAGUGUCACCACUGACCCCAACAUGACGGCAACAGACUCCAACCAGUUUUUCUGGGAUGACCCGCGCAAGGUGGGGGUCGAGGUCACAGACACAGAUGGGUCCAAGUACUUCCGAGGGCCAGGCGCCGGCACCCCGGUGUAUCUCACCCACCUCAGAGCAAAGAGCAGGGAUUUUAUAAAAGGAGGAGACGCCAUCUUUCUCCUCACCAUGGAGGAUGUGUCUCAUCUGACAGGGGUGCAGCCUCCACCGUCAGUAAGCCCCGCCCCCGGCACCACUGCAGCCCCUGGCGUCUGCUCAAAUGUGGAAUGUCUGAAUAAUGGAGUCUGCGUGGUGGACGGGGGGAUGCCUGAAUGCAGGUGUGAUGUGGGUGAUGACUGGUGGUACUAUGGAAACCGCUGUCAGAACAAGGGCUCCAUCAAGGAUAAGACCACCCUUGCACUUGCCUCCUCUCUGUCUGUGCUGGCAGCAAUGCUGAUCAUCACAUUAGUCACUGUCAUCUGUUUGAAGAAGAAGUAUAAGAAACGUGCCAAUGAUGACGGUGUCAUCAUGAGAAACACUGGUGCCACCUGUUGAAUAUGCUGAAUAUCUUGUAGAGCGGGUUUUGGAUUCAGAGAUGUUUAGCUCAAGCGUUAACCCUAACCCAUCAUAAACUUCAGAUCACAACAUUGUAUGAGAGUGCCCCCCUCUGGUCAUCCAGUGGAAAAAACGCAAACUAAGAAUGUUAUUGUAAAUAAGAUUAUUGUGUAAUUCUAAAGUUUUAUGUGAACAAUUUUUACAAUCAAAUGUGAAUACGAAUUAUUAAAAAGCAAACCCCAGACACCAUGUCUUAUAUUCACAAAUUUAAAAUUUAUUAUACCAAAGACAGGAA